CGAACAAGGUAGUCUCCGAUGUGGGUUCUAGUACCCAGACAGGGAGCCAAGCGGAAUCGGAAAAGGCGACUGCCACGACGUCAAAUCGAUCGAACGAUGAUCAACAAAGUGUUAGGCUAUCAUGGGUGGCCCAGGUCGUCUUUGGGCGAAUUUUCACUGCGGAGAGAAUCGCCUUCGUAUGUUUUCUGCUCGAAGUAUUCGGAUCGCUGUUAGUGCUCCACCUCAUUGUCAACCACAGCUUGUUGCUUCGCGUGUUCGUGUCCUGUUGCAAUCUCGUACAGCAUCUCCUGGCACUGACGGG